CCAGGAGAUGGCUCUUGAAGUUAAAUGAGGCUGGACAAAACACAUAAAUGAAGCAGAAGCUGUUCUGCAUGUGUUAGGGCUAUAUCACCACAAGCACUGCUGAUCAGCCAGACUUGGUAACUUGUCAUAAUGAAGAAAAUUAGUCUAAAAACAAUUCGCAAGUCCUUUAACUUAAAUAAAAGUAAAGAUGAAAGUGACUUUGUAGUGGUUCAACAGCCAUCUUUAAGUGAAUUUGGAAAAGAUGACUCCCUGUUUGGCAGCUGCUAUGGUAAAGAUUUGGCUAGCUGUGAAGUCAAUAGUGAAGAUGAAAAAGGAGGCAAAAAUAGAUCAAAAAGUGAAAGCUUAAUGGGUACGUUAAAAAGAAGGCUUUCAGCAAAACAAAAGCAAAAAGGCAAAGGCAGCACACCAUCUGGAAGUUCUGCAGAUGAUGACACCUUUUCUUCGUCAUCUGCUCCAAUAACUUUCAAAGAUGUGCGAGCUCAAAGACCUCUGAGAUCCACUUCCCUCCGUAAUCAUCAUUACAGUCCAACUCCAUGGCCCCUUCGACCUACAAAUUCAGAAGAGACUUGCAUAAAAAUGGAAGUGAAAGUCAAGGCCUUGGUCCAUUCUUCUAAUCCAAGCCCAGCACUGAAUGGCGUUCGAAAGGACUUCCAUGACUUGCAGUCAGAUAACGUGUUCCAGGAACAAAACAAUGCAUUAAAAAAUACGGAAUCUCAGAAUGGGGACUUGCAUCUUCAUAUUGAUGAACAUGUGCCUGUAGUUAUUGGAUUAAUGCCUCAGGACUACAUUCAGUAUACUGUGCCUUUAGAUGAGGGAAUGUAUCCUUUGGAAGGAUCACGUAGUUACUGUCUGGAUAGUUCCUCACCCAUGGAAGUUUCAACUGUUUCUUCUCAAGUAGGAGGAAAUGCUUUCCAUGAAGAAGAGAGUCAAGUGGAUCAGGAUGUAGUAGUUGCACCAGAUAUCUUUGUGGAUCACACAGUGAAUGGUUUGUUGAUUGGUACCACAGGAGUCAUGUUGCAAAGUCCAAGAGUUAAUCACAAUGAUGUCCCUCCACUUUCACCUUUGCUACCUCCAAUGCAGAAUAAUCAAAUCCAAAGGAACUUUAAUGGAUUGAAUGGCACAGAUGCCCAUGUGGCUGAAAGUAUGCGCUGCCAUUUGAAUUUUGAUCCUAACACUGCCCCUGGAGUUGGAAGAGUUUAUGAUUCUGUACAGAACAGUGGUCCUAUGGUUGUGACAAGUCUCACUGAAGAACUGAAAAAACUUGCAAAACAAGGAUGGUACUGGGGCCCCAUUACACGUUGGGAGGCAGAGGGAAAAUUAGCUAAUGUGCCUGAUGGCUCGUUUCUUGUUCGAGAUAGUUCUGAUGAUCGUUAUCUUUUAAGUUUGAGUUUUCGUUCCCAUGGAAAAACACUUCACACUAGAAUUGAACAUUCAAAUGGUAGGUUUAGCUUUUAUGAACAACCAGAUGUGGAGGGGCAUACGUCUAUAGUUGAUCUAAUUGAACAUUCGAUCAGGGACUCUGAAAAUGGAGCUUUCUGCUAUUCAAGAUCCCGAUUGCCUGGAUCUGCAACUUAUCCAGUGAGACUAACAAAUCCAGUAUCUCGGUUUAUGCAGGUGCGUUCUUUACAAUACCUGUGUCGUUUUGUAAUACGUCAGUACACAAGAAUAGACCUGAUUCAGAAACUGCCUUUGCCAAACAAAAUGAAGGAUUAUUUACAGGAAAAGCACUACUGAAAGCUUAUGGGAAUCUUGCAUCUUGCACUUUGGGAACAACAACAACAAAAGAGAUUGAAUUACAGUUUACAGACUUUCAUUAUUAUCAAAAUCUUUUGCUGCCAUAACAAUAUUUCAUUUUUGUGUGUAAAAGAAAGGUAAUGCAUUUGGAUUUAUGUUUGUUUUGGGGGGUUUUGUGUAUUUUGGGGGGCUCUUUUUUUUGUAAAGAAUGAUCUCAACUUUAUUUUUAGAAGUGUGAAAUAGCUAUCUUUCAUCAAUGUGCAGAUUAAUCACAAUGUGAAUGAUCAAAUUAUCCUUAAUUUCCCCCAAGUCCUUUGCUGCUAUCCACUGUGAUUUUUAUGCAUUGAAAGCACAUUUCAUGUGUAUUCAACCAUAAGUAAAAGUCAGUGAAACUUGUUCAAUGGAUUUCUAUUCCUUUAAAAUUACCUGUUUAAAAAAGAUGAUCAUGGUUAAAAACUUCGGUAUUCUAAAUUAAAGAACUUACAUCUAUGUUAAAAAUGAUUUCCUAGUUUCCUAAUUAUAAAUUUCUAAUGUGGAACUUAAUAGAGCUGUGUGAUAAAGACAUGCUUAUGCAGCAGAUAUCUUAAAAACAAACAAAAAAACCCAAACCCAAUAAAGAACAAAACACCUUUCUCUUAAGCCUUGUAUUGUCUGUACACUACUUUGUGUUUGAGAAAGUUGGUUCAGCUUUCAUAUUGUCUCAGUAUUUUGUUCUUCUAAAAAUGGCCUUCAAAAAAAGAAGCCUGCGAGUGUCAAUUCAUCAUACUUAUGAGGAAGUUGCAGUAUCGGGAUGACAUCAAAUAUCUUUAAAUGCCAUCAGUUAAAUAAGCAAACUCCUACCAGGACCCCUCUUUCUGUUGUUUACCCUCUUACCUCCCUUUGGGCAAAAAUAUGCCCUGAAAUUAUAGGAAGACUCUAGGAAAAGCGAACUAAUAAGCCAUUUCAGGGAUUGGGUAAAACUUCUAAUAGGAGGAUUUCUACAAUAUUUAUUCAAAAUACUAGAAGUUUCAGCAUUUUCCAUUUUUCUGUAGAGGAAAAAAUAGGACUAAUGAUAUUUUGGAUGGAAGUUGCUUGAAAUGAAUCUCUAAAGGUCUAUUCUCAUAGGCUUCAAUAUUCUGGGAAGGAGAGGUUUGAAUAUAUAUUGACCACAGAAAACAUUUAAGUUAUCUGUCAUGAAAUAUGUUUUGACACAUGAAAUAUUGAAUCCAUUAAGUAAAUUUUUAUGAUAUCUGUUGAAGAUUCUGGCAUUUGAAAAGCUUAUAGUUAUUCUGACAUUCGAUAGGGAAAAAGACUUUUAUUUGGGAAUACAGGUUCCACACUGUAAUCAUUCAUUCUUGCAAUGUUAAUCCAUGGCAUUUUUUUUGUUUCUUUUUUUUUUUUUUCCUCCUCCUUGUCCAUGAUUCUGUCCCUUUUAUUUUAAAGGGAUCAUGGCUAACUGACUUGGAGGGAGGCUUACUCUGCCUUCCUCUGUCCCUAGAUUUUAGUAUUUUAGAGUGUCAUCUUCCCCAUCUCUGGUAGGAGUUGCUAGUUAGUAAACAUCAGCAUAGAAAGGGUUGUUUAUCUUUGAUACAGCUUUCUUUUUUAGGUCAUUUUCUUCUUUUUGUUUUAUCUAGCCUUUUGCCCCCUGAAGUGAGUCUUUAGUAAUGAAUACACUAUUGCUGCAAGGUGGUGUAAUAGCACUACAUCUUGGGUUGCCUGAAUUGAUAGACAAAAUUUAUAUUUUUUUAAUUUAUUUUUUUGACCAUAAUGUUUAACAAAAAAGUAAAAAAAACAAAAAAACAAAAAAAAAAACAAACAAAGGUAGGUAAAGGCUGCCUUUGCUUUUAAGGGAGCGAGAGUAAGGAUUUCUUCUUUAGUCUGAUAAAAGUUUUAAAUUAAAAAAAAAAUCAGAGCUGUCUAUAUACAUAAUUUGUUUUUGCCAUUGAGAUGCAUGUAUGCAAGUGUGAAUUCUGUUUUCUUUUUUUCCUCUACUGACAUCUUCCCAGCCCUACCCCCCACCCCCCGAAUCAGAAUCACUAACUUUAUUCAAAAAAGGCACAAUAACCUAUUGUAUGGUACAGUGUUCUGAUUCUGUCUGUGAGGAGGAAAAAGAAAAUCAUUUUUAUAGUUUUCAGAUGCAUACAUCUUGGAAAAAAAACCUCUGGCAUUUACUUCAUUUUAAAAAUUCUUUCCCUGUGCAAGCUGGAGGGCCUAUGCAUUCUACAGAAUCUUUGAAAGAUUACUGUAUAAUAAAUAUUAUCUUUGCCAUUUAAUACCACUAUUGAAUGCAUUAAAGUUAUACUAUGCCACAUGCGUUAAUUUAGCAGUUAUUACGUUGAAAUCAAAAUAUUUGAAGCUAUAAUAUCCCAUUCUUAUUGCUGAAUUGAAAAAUAUGUAAGAACACGUGCCCAUGCCUUUUCAGAUUUCUUUGUUCACUCAUAUGUAUUGAUGAUUUUUGAAAUCAUAGUUCAGCUAUCCAGUUCUUGAAUUCCUCCCUUGCUAUAUUCUUUGUUUAAUCAGGUCAACUUACUGUUGUCAUUUUCCCCCUCCUAUAAAGCUUCCACAAAAGGAACAGUUUAAAGUACUGGAGGCCUAGGAUGUGGGAACCACCUAGCACUUUGUUUCUUGAUAAAAAUGGUGGUGAUAUUUCUACUGAGGUCAAAAUACUUUAGUUCAGUAGUAAGUAGACAAAAAAACAAAAACAAAAAACCCAAUACUUAUGGUUGCAUUAUUCAGAAGUUCUCAGUAUGUUUUAUACUAAGAUAACUGGACAGCCAGGAGAGAGAACCCAGAAAAAAAUACUUUGAAAACCUUAAGGGUAAUUACAACUUCAUAUAAUAAAUAUUAAUAUGGAAUAAAUACAGUAAUGAUUGUUGUUUUUUUUUUUUAAUACUCAGAGUAACCACAAAAAAUUGUUUUGAUGUCUACUUCAUAAAAUUUAGAGAAACAAUGUUUCCUUGACAAACAAAAAGGAAAAUAACUGCAGAUAUUUUGAGGACCUUUAAAAUAACUACAGUAAGAAAAACUUAAGUGACUAUCAUUUUCAUAGAGUAGAAAAGUAACUAUUUAUUCAGCACAACAGCUUAAGGGUUCAAAAGAUAAGCCUUUUAUGCAACUGAAUUGUGGAACAAUGUUUUUCAGAAUGAAACUUCGAAAUAAAACUUCUUUUUUGAGCAUAUGAAAUGACUGAAAAUGUUGGUAACAUUUGUGUUUCUCUGAUUAGAAGAGUAAAACAAUAACUUUUAUUUGAACAUAUAAAAAUUUGCACAGUUUUUCUUUUUUUUAAAAAUUUAUAGGUCAGUGUUAUAAACAAUUGAAAGUGAUUUGUAUUCUUUUAUCAAUUUGAAGGAUACAGCACUUAUCCUGCUCUUGACAUAGCAAAUAUCAUAUUUUGAUAAAAAUGUUUUCCUGUCAGAAGGAUCAGAAAUGCAAUUAAUAAUUAAAUUCUUUGUUCAUCACUGAACUGACUUUACAUUUUUUUAAUGCCAAUUUCUUUCUAUGAAUAUUGGGUGCUGGGCUAAGUGAAAUCUGUGCAGUUUUUCUUGUGAUGCAUUUCAUCUAUGUGAAUACUGGAAUUAUAAAUUUUAAACGCCAUACCAGCAAUAUAUGGGCUAUGAUUCUGUUGAGGAAGUAUUUCUCUGUUACUGUAUUUUCAAUUUCUGAGCUAAGCUAUGGAUGAAUUUCAUUUCUUUCAAUCUUUUUAUGACUGCAAAGAAUAAAAAUUAGAAACAUCCUUUAUAAAUAAAAAAUGGACAAGAUGGUAGUUCAUUAUAUGGCAUUGAUGUGUCUGGAAACUUCUAAAUUCUACAAAAAUAGUGAAAAAUUCUUAAAGAAUUUUCUAUGACUUUAUGUUGGGUUAAAGAAUUUUUAUAGUGAUGAUGGAGUGCCAUGAAGUUAAUACUUGCAAUCCAGAUUGCUGUAGUUUACACUUUUCUCUGUUUCAGACCUGGUGUGCCCUAUUUGUACUAAGCACGCCACAGAGUGAAUUAUCCAAAGUCCAUUGAUUUUAAUGUGUUUUGGUUUGUAAACAAAAUUAUAGUAAUUUCUUGCACAUUUUGGAGAAAUAAUUGUAUAAGGAUAUAUGUAUCUGCUUCUGGAUACAGUGUGUAAAUAAAAAAUUCAUUCACAAGAA